UGUUAACUUUGCAUGCCUGAAAAGGCUCGGUAAUAUCACUUUGUGCUGCGCUAAGGUGUCUUGCUGUUCUAGUUAAUCAAGAUGUCUUCACCGAGAGAGCUCGAAGAAGUGUCCGAAUUACCCUCCGAUGAAGCUUUCGAAGAAGUAAACAAGUACAUUAUAGGUGUUUACGACAUUCUGAAACAGGAGGCGAACAAAGUUUACAAGGAAAGAGAAGCGUUUGAUGACGUGGCGAACAAGCUUGAGCAUGUCCACUUCUCGAAGAUGCUGAAACUUAAUGUUGGCGGCCACCUUUUCUCGACGAGUUUGUCGACCAUGAAUAAAGAUCCAGGUUCCAUGUUACACGCCAUGUUUUCUGGCAGAUUUGACACAAAACCUGACGAGGAUGGAUCUUACUUCAUUGAUCGAGAUGGAACCCACUUUCGGUACAUCCUGAAUUAUUUGCGCACGGGGGAGCUUAUCGUCCCUAAUGACGAGAUCAUUCGCAGAGAACUGCUGGCUGAGGCCAAAUUUUACCAGUUCGAAGGAAUGAUAAACGAGCUGCAACCAACGCCAUUAGCAGAUCCAAUCCAGACUGUGAUUCAACCGUUCAAGGAUUCAGUGAUUCUCUCGUCCAAUCAGAGGCAGACUUUGAUGAAUUGGUUGAAGAACACACCGGUCGUUUCCAACAGCGAUGAGCUUUUGUUGUACCGAGCUUCUAGAGAUGGUUGGUAUUCUUACAACUUUCACUCCUGUUGUGAUAACAAAGGGCCAACAGUUACAGUGAUCGAGAGUGGAGAUAAUAUAUUUGGAGGAUUUACUGAACAAAGUUGGGAAAGUAGUGGAUCAUACAAAAGUGCAGAAAACUCGUUUCUGUUCAGUCUUGUCAACCCGAGUGGUCUGUCACCAACAAAGAUGCCUUUGAAGAGUGGACAAGAAAGAUAUGCUAUGUAUUGUCAUACUGGCUAUGGACCAACAUUUGGAGGUGAAAAUUAUCAUGAUCUUUGUAUUUUCAAUACACCAAACUGCAACAAUAACUUUGCAUAUUUGAAUAACGCUUACCAAUGUCCAUCAGGACAAAAUGCCGAGACGUUUUUAACAAGAAGUGAGACAUUCAGGGUGAGUGAAAUGGAAGUUUAUAGGUUAUAGAAGUAAACAAGAUUUUUUUCCUACGACUGAAGCGAAAAUGGUUUAUAAACUACUGCCUCUCGUUCAUUUUCUUUGACAAGUCAUAGUUGCACCAAUACUGUUGACUUGAAAAAAAGAAAAAUCAAACUUUAAGGAAAAU